AUGAAUGCAACAAAAUGGGCCACGCUUUCCCAAUUCGCUAAACACCUAGAUGAAAUUGGUUUAUGUAGGGUUGAAGAAACAGAGAAAGACGGUUUGUGUAUUGCAUGGAUUGACAAUUCACCUAGAGCUUUAGAAAUAAAGAAUACUCUAAGUAAAAAGAAAGAUGACGAAUCUGAAGACAAUGUUCAAGAGCACAUUCUACAAAAGCAAAUUUCCGCUGCAAUUAAACAAAAAGCAAUACUAUCCAAAGGCACAACACCUUCUACAAAGCCUAUUAAUAUGGCAGAAGACUACAUUUUGGAAUGUGAACAAUGCCUUCAAACCUUACUUGAAUAUGGAAAACAGGGCAUUUUGGCAGACCUUCAAAUACUUGAUACUUUAGUUCAAACACGUAAGAAUUUUGGCCGAACAGCCCUCGUUCUUUCUGGUGGAAGUAUCUUAGGACUAAUUCAUGUCGGUGUCAUGAGGGAGCUUCUUCACAAUAACCUUUUACCUCGUAUUGUUUCUGGUUCAUCGGCGGGGUCUAUAUUUGCUAGUAUUUUGUGCAUUCAUCUUGAUCAUGAAAUUGACGAACUUUUUGAUACUUUAAUUGAGGAAAAAUUCGAUAUUUUUGAAGAGACUGGGAAAGAAGAAACUAUCAAUGUCAGAUUUGCCAGAUUUUUAAAGUAUGGUACUGUUCUUGAUAAUAAAUAUCUAGCAAAUACUCUCCAGGGGUUAUUAGGAAAUAUUACAUUCCAAGAAGCUUAUAACAGAACACGAAAAAUUCUUAAUGUUACUGUUUCACCAGCUAGUAUUUAUGAAUCAGCCCGAAUUUUAAAUUAUUUAACUUCACCAAAUGUAUUAAUAUGGUCUGCAGUUUGUGCAAGCUGUUCAGUUCCAUUUGUUUUUCCUUCUUACGUUCUUUUAUCAAAAGAUUAUACUACUGGUGAUAUACGCCAAUGGAGUCCAUCUCCUUUAAAAUACAUUGACGGUUCAGUAGAUAAUGAUAUUCCUUUAGCUCGUCUUUCUGAGCUAUUCAAUGUUAAUCAUUUUAUUGCUUGCCAGGUUAACCCACAUGUUGCACCAAUAAUGAAAGCUACCACACUAUUAAAGUCUGUUGUGGAAAAUAUGAAAGAAAGCAAUAGUUUUUUUCAUGAAAUUCUCAUAACAAUGACUAAGGCUCAGAAUUAUAUGACUGAUGAAAUUUCUCAUUUUUUACUUGUAACUCAUGAAUUAGGAUUAUUUCAAAACCUUUCAUCUAAACUUAGGGCAGUCAUUUCUCAACAAUAUGCAGGUGAUAUAACGAUUCUUCCUGAAAUCAGCCUUGGUGAUUUAAAAGAUUUAUUCAAAAAUCCUACCAAAGAAAAAUUUCUUGAAGCCCAUCUUAGAGGACAAAGGGCUUUGUGGCCCAAAAUGUCUUUAAUACGAAAUCGUUGCGCGAUUGAACUAGCUUUAGAUAAAUCAAUUCAUGAAUUAAGAAAAAGGAUGCUGCCUUUAGAAAAUAAUUACAUUUCUCAACUUGGAAGAAAAAACUUUUACUCUACCGCAAACCUUAAAGCAAUUGAACAUGAAUUAACAGAAUCUAAAGAAAUUAUGAGACAUUCAAAGUUGAAAUCGAGCUUAAAACCAGAAAAGGGAAUUGAUAAAAAAUAUCACUAUCGACACAAAUCUGAAGGUACUCAUCCAUACUCUUUAUCUAUAGUUAUGAACAGAGGAAAAAUUUAA